CCAAAUUAUAUAACGCAUGGAAAUAUUUAUAAAAUAUUUAUAUAUAUAUAAUUAUUUUUAAAAUCUUAAUUUUACCAACUUUUGUAAUUAAAUUAAAUAAUAUGUUGUAAAUCAUAGAGGGCAUAUCAAAUUUUUUUGCAUAAUCGGUAUUUUAAAAAUAGAAAGUCUUUGUCAUUUAUCCUAUACUUGAUUUAUGUAAAAAUAAAAAAAUUGGAAAUAAAAUAUAUUUAUAUCAUUUUUCAUAUCUAUUUUUAUAAUAUAAAAUUUUUAUAUUAAGAAAUAAUUAUAUUAACUUUUACAAGUAAUUUAUUCAAAAUUUAGGAAUUUAUUCAAAAUAAUCGAAAAUGACUGGAAAACAAUUACCACAAGAAGUGACAAAAUAUAGUUUUCGUCAAAAAGUAUGGGAUUAUUUGAUGAAGAAUGAUUUAGUCAAUUUUCCUCUUCCUGUAUAUGAUCGUAUCCCAAAUUUCAAAGGUGCUAUAGAAGCAGCACAACGUUUAGCAGAAUUGGAUAAUUUUAAACAAGCAAAAAUUAUAAAGAUAAAUCCAGAUAAACCACAAGAACCUGUAAGAUUCUUAGCAUUAGUAUCUAAUAAAGAAAUAUUAGUUCCAAUUCCCAAAUUAAGAUCUGGUUUGUUUCUUCAUAUUACACCAAUUGCUGGUGCUUCAAAAAAUGAAUUAAGAAUGUUAUCAAAAAUACAUGGUUUGACAGAAGUUGGUAAACCACUUGAUAUAAAUUCUAAAAUAAAGAUAGAUCUUGUGAUAUUGGGAUCUGUAUGUGUUAGUCGUAAUGGAUAUAGACUUGGUAAAGGUAAAGGAUUUGCAGACUUGGAAUUUGCUAUGAUGAUGAGGAUGGGUGCAGUUACACAGGAUACUAUAGUUAUUACAACUGUGCAUGAUUGUCAAGUUUUUGAUAAUCUUCCUCAUCAAAUAUUUAAGGAAUAUGAUGUACCGGUUGAUAUAAUUGUUACACCUACUGAAACAAUAAUAGUAAAUCCAAAAUUAAAAAAACCUAAUUGUAUUAUAUGGCAUAUGCUUAGUGAAAGGAAAAUUAAAGCUAUAGAAGUAUUACAACAACUAAAAGAAAUGGAUGAAAAAGAAGGAAAAAUAAUAACUUUAAAGGAAGAAGAUUCAGAUGUAGAAAUAAAAAAAUAUUAUCAUUCUCAUAUAAAAAAUAAGAAACGUUUUAACACAAAGAAAGUUUUGUCAAAUGUUAAUGAUAUUGAAAAAGGAGAACAAAAACACGUAAAAACAUGUUUUCUUAAAAAACGUAAAAUUAAUAAAUUUAAAUUUUCUGAUAUAGUUGAGAUGAAAAUGGGAAGUAACAAUAAAAAUAAGCAACAAUAUCAUCAAAAUUUGAAAUUGAAAUCUAAAUCCCAAGUUGAGUUUUCUUUAAAAUUAUCCAAUAUUUCAUCCGGCGCAAGAAUACGCGAUUUGAAAAAUGCUUUAUUAAAGCGCGGUAUUAAACCGAAUGAAAUAACUUGGUUAGGAUAUCGUGGUAUUUGUUAUCUUCAUUUCAAUAAACUACAACAAAAUAAUAGAUUGCCGAAUCAACCAACUCAAAUUGAUUCAAUAAUGGCAAAUUUACAGCAAUUAUGUAUUGGAGUAUCUACUAAUAAUACAAACGAUUUUAUAAUAGUAGAACCUGCUAAACCAAUAUCUAGAAUCGAAAUUACAGAUGUGACGUCAGUUUAGAAGACAAUUAAUUUUUGAUAAUAUUCAUAUUUUUGUAUGUGAGUUUAUUCUGUCAAUAAUUAUUAAUCUCUAUAAAUCAAUGGCAGUUUAAAUAUAAUUAAAGUUUUAUAGAAAAUGAUUUAUGAUAUAUUUACGCAUUUAUGCAUAUAAUGAGUGAAAAAUAAUUGUAUUAUAUAUAAGUUAAGUUUGUAUAUAAGUUUUUAUAAUUAUCAUUACAUUUAAUAUUUAAUUUAUAACUAUAUAUUUUUGGAUAAUUGUGUUAAAAAAAGAUAAAAAAAAGAUCAAAUCAAAAGUAAAUUUAUAUACAAAAAAAAUACUUCUUAAUAUAUAUUAAGAAUUGCAUGCAUAUUAUAGAUAAAUUCAUAAUAAUUAACAUUUUAAAUAAUGUUUACUGUGAUCAUAUAAAAAAUAUUUUAUAUUAAAGAUAGUGCUCUAUGUAUAUUUGAUAAUGUUUAUCUAAUUAACACACUGAUAAUUCUUGUAUAAUUUAUGAGAUAUACAAUAGUAAAAAUUUAUAUUUUUAAUUU